AUGGGUUUUAUCUCUUCAUUAUCAGAUGCCUUUUUAAACUACUACUAUUACUACUACUGCACAAGCAACUACGCCAUUAGAACUAGUGAUGACAACAGUUCCACUAGUUCAAUCUCAUUGUUUGACACCUCGUUUCUUACCUUUCAAGCGGUACUAGAAGUUGUCAUAAUAUGUUUUGCAGGGUUCAUAGCUGCCAAAUCUGGCUUGUUAAACACACAAGGCCAGAAACUAUUGAGUUCGCUAAAUGUUGAAUUAUUCACGCCGUGUCUUAUAUUCUCCAAACUAGCAAGCUCACUUAGUAUAUCAAAAUUAAUCGACAUUAUUAUCAUUCCGAUAUUCUUUGCCAUUUCGACUUUGGCAUCAUACUUUUGUUCAAGAUUAACGUCAUGGUUACUACAAUUGAAUGACCCGGAAACUGACUUUGUUACAGCAAUGGGUGUAUUUGGUAACUCAAACUCACUUCCAGUAUCAUUGACUUUGAGCUUGGCCUAUACAUUGCCUGGUCUUUUAUGGGAUGACAUACCUGACGACACAAGCGAUAAAGUUGCUGGUAGAGGUAUAUUGUACUUGUUGAUUUUCCAACAAUUGGGCCAGAUCUUGAGAUGGUCAUGGGGUUUCAACAGACUUUUAAGGAAAAGAUCAACUGCAGAGUUGAAUACAUACUAUACAAAGAAUGGAGUCAUUGUGCAUACCGAACAAUCAAGGUUAUUGGACGGAGAGCAAGCAUUGUACAUUGGCGAAGCUGAAGAAGCUUCAAACGAAGUUGACGCAUCGUCAUCAUCAUCAUCUUUGUCAUCAUCAUCAUCGUUAUCAGCACCAGUUACUACAACAAGAGCAACUAGUUUGCAAAGUGGCGGAAACAUUGAAAGCGAACUGGAUAACGAAUUGGAUUCACAUGAUAAUAGUGAGACAAAGAGCAAUGAUAUUCAUCGCAACGUGACUAUGUUUGUUCAGAGCAUUCCACAACUUCCCGGAAUCAAACAGUUUCUUGCAUUUAUGAAUCCACCAUUGUAUGCCAUGCUAAUCAGUGUCAUUGUUGCUUCAACCCCAUUGCAGCAAGUAUUUUUUGAUACUACUGGCAACAAUGGUAAUGGUUCUUUUAUCCACAAUACUUUUACCAAUGCCAUCACUAAUCUAGGUUCAGUAUCGAUCCCACUUAUAUUGAUUGUCCUUGGCUCAAACUUGUAUCCAUCACAAGAUAUACCCGCAGCUUCGAAACAUUAUAAUCGAAUGCUUAUAGGUUCAUUAGUUUCAAGAAUGAUUCUUCCGCCUAUCAUUCUAUUACCAAUCAUUGCCAUGUGUGUCAAGUAUAUCAAUACUUCGAUAUUGGAUGAUCCAAUCUUUUUGAUUGUGGCAUUUGUCUUGACAGUGAGUCCACCAGCAAUCCAAUUGAGUCAGAUCUCGCAAUUGAAUGGAAUAUAUCAGAAAGAAAUGGCAGGCGUGUUAUUCUGGGGGUAUGUCAUUUUGACGUUGCCCACAACAAUUUUCAUUGUUGUGUUUUCGUUAAAGGUCUUGGACUGGUCACAACUGUGA